GCGCUUCAGCUCAGCUCCACCCGAUUGGAUCUGCUUUCCGUCUAUCAGAAGCCCACAAUCAACACAAACCCACUUGUACGCCUAAUUCCCGUCUGGAAAGAGCUGGAAACACACAAUUAUUCUGGUUUUAAACGACGAGGCACGACUCACCCUGUGGGUCCUGAAGUGACUUCUGGAGGGGCACCAGAAAAUUCCAAAAGAUGACACAGUCUGUGCACAUAAGCCCCAAAGUGGAUCUGGGUUCCCCUUUUCACUGCGCAACUCAAGAAGAAAUGGAUCAUGGUGCAUCCUAUUCCGUACAGACCCCAUAUGGAUUUCAGCUGGACCUCGAUUUUCUUAAAUAUGUGGAAGAAAUAGAAAGUGGUCAGACUUUACGACGCACAAACAUGAGCCCUCGGAGAGGAUCGCGUAGUGACAGAGUCUCUCAAAGGAGUGUUGGGGGUCGCACCAGUGGCUGGACUUCAACUGAAUCAUUGGCAUCAACAACCAGCGAAGAUGGUCGGUCUCUUCCCCAAGCUGUUCCUCGAGGCCAUGUUACUUCAGCCAGCAGGUCACAAUCACUGUCACCAUCUUUGGCAAUCAGUCCCACACUAACAUCUUGUUCAAAAAUGCCUCCUCCCCCACCACCACGUAACCCCAGGGUGGAGAGAACGUUACUAGAGACAAGUCGUCGCCUACAGCAAGAGCAGAGUCUUUGCCCAAAUGGUUUAGGGUCUCCUCUUUCAGACCUACCAAAGGAAAGUGUAAAAGAAUUGGGAUCAAAUUGCAGCAUUUCAAUGCCUUCCCAGAUCGCUACAGAUAGUCACAUAUUACAGAUCUCCCCAGUUGUGCAGAAUCCCUCUAUUGGUAGCUGGACCAGAUUUAGUCCUCAGAAUUCUGGAAGGAGCACCCCAGCCUCCAUCUCUGGAACGUCUUCAUUUCCCCCUGGGCAGCUACAGACAGUACGAGAACAGAUGGCUUUCGCCCUUAGACAGCUCAGGGAGAUGGAAGAAAAAGUUAAGGGGGUACCAGCACUUGAAAGAGAAGUGUCCAUGCUGCGUGAUGAAAAGGAUAGGUUGCUCAUAGCCCUUCAAAAGAAAACAGAAGAAGUUACUGCUCUUGUUAAUGCAAAAAACUGUGCUCUGGUAGAACCUGCACCCUUGUCAUCAUCUUUAGAACCUAGUUGUACAAGUCAGGACAGGAGGUCUUGUGAAAAUGUAAUGGUGAUAGAGAAAAGAUCUAUAGCUGUAGGUAAUGACCUUCCAUUUAAAAUUGUUCAGGAUUUGAAAGAUGCAGCUGUUGAAGCUGCUGUGGAUGUCUGUCACAGAGGCAUGGAAACUGAGCCAGUGCCUGUCUGUGAUGAAGUUGUUCAGGCUGAGAUCUCAACAAAAGAAGUGGCGGUCUGGGUAAUGGAAUCGUUACUUGGGUUGUCAAGUGAGACCGAACAAGAAAUAGAAAACCUUCAAGAGACCAUUAAGUGUCAGCAAGAGUCUGUCCAUCUCCUUGAGAGAAGGUUAUCCCAGGCCAAUCAGGACCUCGAGGAGCUAAAGGCUCUGGAGAUGGCAAGAACGUCAAAGAUCAUGUUAGAAAAAGAGACACUUGUUAAACCAGAGACAGUUGAUGUGCUAGUGGAAACUGAACUUUGUUCCAAAACCUCUGUUGGGGUUGGGGUUUCCAGUGCUGACUUUCCAGCAAUAAAAAUGGAUCAAAGCAUUCAAACGGACUUUGUGGAAUCAUCAGAUAAAAAGAUGGCCGUAAUCCAGGUCGACACAGGCAUUCAGUGGGAAGAUCUUUUAAACGCUGACAAAAAUGAUAAUCAGGAACAGUCUGUCUCUGCUGAUGCUACCGGCCCCCUGAAAUCCAUCAUGAAGAGAAAGGAUGGGAGUGGCUCAAGUACUGCUUGCAGCGGUGGCAAGAAAAGCUUAAAAUUUGUAGGAAUUCUUAAUGGAGGGUACGAGUCAACAUCUAGCGAGGAGGAAGAGGAGGAGGAUGAUGGCAGCUCCUCUGAUGAAAGUGAGGCUGGCGGGGGCUCAGACAGCAGUGAGGAAGAGGGUGCAGCUCUAGUGGAUACCUCUGAUGAAGAAAGGAACAUUAAUUUGGAGGACAGCGAUAGUGAUGAAAAUGUAGCAGCUAUAAAAGACGAUGUUAAGGACCAGGCUGAAGUACUGAAGGAAAAGUUUGAACUGAGUUCAAAAAUGCGCGAGGCUUGCCUGAUUUUAAAGAACCACCUGAAUGACGAUGCCAAAGCACCACAAAGUAAAGAACUGCUCUCCAGCACGCACACUGUGCAGCUGGAAUGGUUCAGAGUGUCCAGCGCUAAGACGGCACAACCGUCCCGAGUUUCCAACUACCUAAUGGCUUUCUCUGAGCUUUCCCCUGGCCUGGUGCGGCACAUAGUCAACAUGACCGAUGGCAAUGGAAACACAGCUUUGCAUUACAGUGUCUCCCAUUCCAACUUCACCAUAGUGGGACUCCUACUUGACACAGGUGUAUGCAGUGUGGAUAAACAGAACAAGGCAGGAUAUACUGCUGUGAUGCUAGCAGCAUUAUCAGCAGUGAAAGAAGAGAAAGACUUUCUGGUAGUCAAGAAGCUAUUCAGUCUGGGCAAUGUCAAUGCCAAGGCAAGUCAGGCUGGUCAGACUGCGCUUAUGCUGGCAGUGAGCCAUGGAAGGCAGGAGAUGGUGCGAGCACUACUCGAGUGCGGUGCCAAUGUGAACAUACAAGAUGACGAGGGCUCGACAGCCCUCAUGUGUGCCAGCGAGCACGGGCGUGCCGAGAUCGUAUCUCUUCUGCUUGAGCAGCCUGGAUGCGACAUUGCUAUUGUAGACAACGAUGGAAGCAAUGCCCUGUCCAUUGCCCUGGAGGCAUCCCACAAUGACAUUGCAGUGUUACUUUAUGCCCACAUGAACUACUCUAAAGCUCAAGCUGAUGUGUCCCCCAGAGCAAGUCCUCGGAGUCCAUCCAGUCCUAGAAAGACUUGGCCUUCUGAGUGAGGGACUACUGGCAAGAAGUAAAUAUUAGCAGCAUUAACUACCUUUACUGAAAUCUAACAUGGCUCACGUUACAGGUUUAUAUGUAAUAAUGUUUGUUUCAGAUAUUCCAUUUACACUCAGUGUUAUGUCAUUAAAUGAAUGAUGUUACAGUUACUAUAUUUUUUUGUUUUAUUGCAUAUGAAAGGCACCCAUGGAUUUUAGCCUUGUGCAAAGAGGACAAUCAAGUAGACUCCUGUAGCUCAUUUUAAAGACGUGUAGAGACGUAAAGAGUCACUGAUUUGAGGAGCAAAGAAUGUCUUUGCUAAGACCUUCAGUGGAUGAUUUGGGGUUCAUCAGGUUCUCACAUGGAUUACAGGCCAAAGAGAGCUUACAUUUGUUUAGACAGAGCAUGGCCAUUGUCCAUUUAGAGCUCACAGCAGACUGUA